AACAUUUUUUUAUGGAUAAAGUCGCAAACAUUGAAAAAUUCAAGUAUUAGAUUAGCUUUCAUUGCUUCGUUUCUCUUCUCUACAGAUGUUUCAGUUGUUAUUUUAAGAGCUACUUGGGAUUAUUAUUUACUUCUUAAAAAAAAUUACAGUGUCAAACUAUAAGGUUGCAAAAUUUGACAAUUUAAUAAAUUAAAAUAUUACACAUGUAAAAAAAUAAAUACUUGAAAUAAAUAUAAAAAGGAAAUUAUCAACAAAAAUGACUACAACAUAAAAAAAAUGAAUAAAAAAUAUUUGUUUUGAUAAAGUCGCAAACAUUGAAAAAUUCAUGUACUAGAUUAGCUUUCAUUGCUUCGUUUCUCUUCUCUACAGAAGUUUGACUUGUUAUUUUAAGAGCUACUUGGGAUUAUUAUUUACUUCUUGUUCACGGAUAAGAUAUCAGAAAUUCUAAGAGUACACAGAGAUAUAAUAACGAAACGAGAAAAAACAAACAAUAUUAAACAAAUCGACUCACAAUGGAAAAUACAACAAAUUUGCUCUUUCUUUCUGUUUGUCACUACAUAACUUAUUUUGGUAUUUUCUUUUACAACAAUCACUUAAUAACACUUGAAGAACGAUAUCAAACUGUUAGCAUAUUAAAUAAUUUCUUUGAAUAUCUCAAUAAUUCCAAUAAUAAUGAAUCGGAGUUGAAACUGAAAUUUCUACAAAAUGCAUUGAAAGAAAGUAAUUCUUAUGGCGGAAGGGGCAAAAAUUAUUAUAAACUGCUUGACGCAAAACACGUAAAUGAAAUAUAUCAGAACAUUAUUGGCACGACUCUAUUUUUUCACUAUGGCAAUGUUAAUGGAUAUUUAGCUCAAUUAAAAAAUGGAAAUGAUAAGAACAUAACAAUAUUUAAAGAAAAUGUGUAUCAACAUCUGUUGCAUAAUUACACGAGUAGGGAUUAUUGUUUUUCAUCAUUGAGAAAUCAAAGUAUUAAACUUACUUUACUUGCAAUUAAAAAAAUUUUUCAACACAACAUUUUGCCACUGUUUUCUCAUCUAGAGGAAAAUGUGAAUUUGGAUUAUAAAAGAAAAAAGCGCGAAACAUCAGAUGAUGAUGAUAAUGAUGAUGAUCAUAUUGAGGAAAUUCCAAAAAAUAUUCCUAAAUUAUCUCAUGAACCACAGAUAAUGCUUACACAAGAGGGAAGUGAAAUGCAUAUAGAAAUGUUAGAUCUUCUGCGUGAUUUUAAGAUAGUGGGAAUUUCUAUUAGUAUGAGAAACAGUUAUUUCAAACAGAAAUUAUAUGAUUUAGCUGUAAUUCAAAGUAAAUCUCAUAAAGACCCAAUCGGUGAUUUAUGGUGUGUUCAAACUACAAAUUCAGAAACAAUUGCUAAUUUUUUGUUCGGUUUAAAAGGAAAAUUGUUCCAUUUUAAUGAUGUAACUCUUUUGCAAAGAGAAAUUCCAACAUCAUCAUUAUCAUCAUCAUCAUCAUCAGUUGACAAUAAUAACGAAUUGGAGCAAUUUUCUUCAUCGAAAACAAUAGAAAUUCGUUAUCAUUUAAAAAUUGAUAAAAACAGUGGUAUUAUAGAUUUAUAUUCAUUUUCUCAGUCUAACGAAUUCCAAGACGAGUAUAUUACAUUUAAUGACAGACAAUUUUUUGUAAAAAAUACUUUCUUUACUAAUCAUAGAAAAAUUUUAAAUAUUGAAUUAAUAAAUUUUGGUCAAUGGCCAAAAUCAAUGGAAGCCGAAAUUACUUACCUCGACAAUUCUAAAAGUAUUUUGAUUAAUGAAAGAAUGGAAAAAGUGAAAACAGUUGCAAAUUUUUUCACACAAAAUAUACCAUUGUUUACGAUAAUGAAAGCAGACGACUUUCUGAUGAAUUUCAUUUUAAGAAUUAAUACCAUGGGUGAUGUGCCAAGUUAUGAUCAGUUUGCGAAGGAUUAUUAUGAUAACUUAGAGAUUUUGCCUUCUUAUAAAAAUUUCGAAAUAAAAAAAAAUAAGUUUCACAUUAAGGAUGUAAUAUUUUAUGAUGAUAUAGAUUACAUUUAUACAUUGGAGGAAGCAAACAAAAAAAUUAAAGAUUUAUAUGGUUCUCAUCAUAUACCGAAUGUCAAGGAGAUAUUUAAAAAUUAUAAAUUAUUAUCCCUUCAUUGGACUCUGCGAUUUGAAGAUUAUUAUACAUUGUAUUCUAUGAUUAAAACACAGUCACAAUUACUUCAUCAUUUUGUCAGAUUUGAAGCUGCAGUUUAUGGACUGGGUCUUCGACAAUGUUCUAAAAGUGAGACUCACAAUCCAAUUAUACUUUAUAGACUUGAUAUAUUGGAGGAGAAAGAUUUAGAAUAUUUUGAGUCAGUAAAAAAUAAAAAUAAUUAUUUUAAAUUAAUAUCGCUUCCAAAGUUUUAUGAAAAUUUUUUUGUUGCUUUAACACAAGAUACGAAUUUGGCAUUAGAUAAUUCUGAAAAAAAGCGAGUUAUUUUUGAAAUUACAUUAAAAAAUCAAGCGGCUAUUGUGAAUAUUAAUUUUGGUGAUUUAUAUUCUACAAAUCCAUUUUAUAUUGUAACAUCUUGCCUAUUCCUUAAGGUUGCGGAUAUACAUAAAGGAACAACUGUUACUGGAGAAGAAGAAUGGUUUAUAAAAUUGCAUGACUAUGAUAUAUCAGAAGAAAAGAGAAUGGUUUGUAUGGCGAAAAAACUUGAGAAAUUAUUUUCAAAUGAUGUAAAAUAUUUUUCAAAUUAUUAAGUGCAAUAAUUGAAAUUGAAUAAUUAUUAUAUUUACUGUUAUAUUCUAAUGUUUAAAAUUAUUUCAAAGAAAAAUUUAAAAAUAUUAUAAUACAGUUAAACAUUGUUAAAAUAUAUUUGAAGCACACAUCUAUACACAAAUUCCAAUGUCUGAUGAGCUGUGUUCGCAGCUAAAAUACAAUUUAACAUUGAAAUAAAUUAAUAAAUUAAUUAAUUUCUACAUUAAAA